UCCUGCAGAACGGAGGAGACGGAGGAGACACGCACGCGCGCACUCACACACACACACACGCAUACACACACGCGCGCGCGAGUGAACACACACUCGUGCAGAGAUGACACACUGACACGCAGCGCUCCUCUGAAGCUUCUUCUUCUUCUUCUUUUAGUUUCUGGAGCUUUAACACACCGCAUCUCUCCUGAAGGACGCUCACACACUUCACACACAGCGUUGGAUCCGUCGGUGUACUGCGAUCCUCCUCCGGUGUUCGGCCCGGACCUCUGCCCCAACAUGAUCGCUGCUCAGGCGAAGCUGGUCUACCAGCUCAACAAAUACUACAACGAGCGGUGCCAAGCACGCAAGGCGGCCAUCGCCAAGACCAUCCGCGAGGUGUGUAAGGUCGUCUCGGACGUCCUGAAGGAGGUGGAGGUACAGGAGCCGCGAUUCAUCAGCUCUCUGAGCGAGAUCGACGCGCGCUACGAGGGCCUCGAGGUAAUCUCGCCUCACGAGUUCGAGGUCGUGCUCUACCUCAACCAGAUGGGCGUCUUUAAUUUCGUGGACGACGGCUCAUUGCCGGGCUGCGCCGUCCUGAAGCUCAGCGACGGCCGAAAGCGCAGCAUGUCUCUCUGGGUUGAGUUUAUAACGGCCUCGGGGUAUCUGUCGGCACGAAAGAUCCGGUCGAGAUUCCAAACUCUGGUGGCGCAGGCGGUGGACAAGUGCAGCUACCGUGACUCCGUCAAGAUGGUGGCCGACACCAGCGAGGUGAAGCUGCGGAUCAGAGAGCGCUACGUGGUGCAGAUCACUCCGGCCUUUAAGUGCACCGGAAUCUGGCCCCGCAGUGCCGCUCAGUGGCCUCCUCCGCAUAUCCCGUGGCCCGGACCGAACCGGGUCGCCGAGGUCAAAGCCGAAGGAUUUAAUCUGCUCUCUAAAGAGUGCUACACGUUAGCGGGGAAGCAAAGCUCGGCCGAGAGCGACGCCUGGGUCCUGCAGUUCGCAGAGGCGGAAAACCGGCUGCUGAUGUCCGGCUGCAGGAAGAAAUGUCUGUCCGUCUUAAAAACGCUCCGGGACAGGCACCUGGAGCUGCCGGGACAGCCGCUCAACGGCUACCACAUGAAGACGCUGCUGCUGUACGAGUGCGAGAAGCACCCGCGCGAGAGCGACUGGGACGAGGCGAGCCUUGGAGAUCGCAUCAACGGCGUCCUGCUGCAGCUCGUCUCCUGUCUGCAGUGCCGCCGGUGUCCUCACUACUUCCUCCCCAACCUCGAUCUAUUUCAGGGCAAAGCGACGUCAGCCCUCGAGGCGGCCGCCAAACAGACAUGGAGGCUCGCGAGGGAGAUCCUGACCAACGCUAAGAGCCUGGACAAACUCUGAACUCUAAAAAUAAAUGAACUCGAUUAACUCCAAACAAAAGACUAUGAGAAAGAGAUCUGCAACCACGCCUGGACAAAAUCAGCCAACAAACAAGACCUGGAGACUCGCAAGAGAAAUUCUGAGCCGUGACAAAAGCCAGGGACGAAUUCGAAUAAACAAAAACAUGCAGAGUCACCAAAAUCCAACAAUUUACAAAGACACAAACGGGGGGGAAAAAAAAUAAAGAGAGAGACUCACGAGCAAUUCCGAGAGCCUGAACAAACUCGGGAAGAAAAAGUAAAAACAAAACACACACACACACACACACACACACCGUCUGGACAAAUCUGCACCAGCCUGGGAAAAGUUUAAAAAAUAAAGAAGAGCGAGGAGACAAAAAUAUUCCACAGUAAAAAAGAAACAAAUCUAAUAAAGAAGCAUGAUGAAGAUCACAUCGCUUUACAGGUUCAGAAAGACUUUUUUUCCCCCAUCAGGACAUUUUACAGCAACCAGAAAAAAUUCACCUUUGACAACUUGGACAAAAAUGUAAAAUAAAAAACAACAAGAAGAAUAUUAAAAAUAUAAAAAGAGAGAGAGAGAGAGAAAGAGAGAGAGAAGCUCUGCAGAGACUCGAACGCUCCAGACUUUUAUUUUCACUGAAAGUGGACUUAAAGGAGUCGAACCUUCGAGAAAGGUUUCAGCCGAGACGCCAUCGGGACAUUGUGAGAGGAGAAAAAAAAUAAGCGUGAAGGUACAUUUUAACGUCAUAACGUCUGCUUAAAAUCCUUUCUUAUGUUUUUGUUUUCACAAAGUGAAAUUGUUUUUUAUUUAAAGACCAUGCACAAUAUCUUCCAUUGCUUUAAUGUUUUUUAAAAAGAAAAAGGAAUAAAAUGUAGCGUGCCAAGUUUUCCCAUUUUAUGUGUCUAAAAAGUGAAAUGUUAAUAAAAAUGCUA